CUGCCGGUAUUUUGCGCCAAACAAUCAGAGCUCGAAACGUUGCAAAGCGUCGAGAUCGCGAUCUCACAGACGAGCUGAAUGGUGGGGAUCACCAACCCCGCUGGCAUCUGCCAAGUCGUCCGUGCGCACCGCCCAAGCUCACCAGAUGAACCCCUGCCCAGAUGCAAGUGCCGCCCUUGUCAGUGACAGCAUCGCUGCUGAGCUACGUCAUUGGCGCAAAUGACGGGAGUGGUCACGUUCAUCUCAUGUUCCAGCAGCCCAUCUCGGAGGGCUUUUUUGAACACUUCUUCCACCCGGCCCAGACGACGACCCCAACUGCAUUCUCUCUGCUUGGCUUCAACCUCUUCGCAAACCUUUGUUGGAUGUUUUUUCUGGACCACAGGGGAUCCACCAUUCCCGCCAGUUGUCCCCGCCGAUCAAAGCAGCCACUUGCCUGCUCGCGAACUAUCGUCGCGCCGGCUCGUCUUGGCAAAAAGAUCUCUUCUUGUUGUGUUUUUUUCUUGCUGUUGUGACCCCGACCUCCUCUCACGCCCGUCGUCUGAUCACGCAGGCGGAACACUUGGAAUAAAACGUGCAGACCGUCCGCUCGUCUCUGCAACUCUAUUUUUCUCGCCUCGAACCCAGACCACACGACAUACAAGUGGCCAAUACGACAAAAAUGGCGAUUGGGAAUUUCACGCUGAGCUAUAUGCUCUUCACAAUCCUCCACUUCUGCCAGUUUGUCCUCGCCAUUGCCGUCUGCGCUCUCUAUGGCGUCGAACUGGACCGCGCCCGUAAGGCGAACGUGAGCGGUGAUUCCAAAUGGAUCUACGCAGAAGUAGUAGGCGGCCUCUCCGCCCUGACAGCCCUCCUCUACUGCAUCCCCUACAUCCUCCGCUUCGCCGCCAUCUGGGUCUGGAACCUCGUGCUCUUCAUCCUCUGGAUCGUCCUCUUUGGCAUCUUUGGCAAAAUGUACAUCAAUGAGAACCCAGAGGGCAACCACGACAUUGUGCGCAUGCGGAGCGCCGUCUGGGUCGUCCUUGCCAACGCCAUCCUCUGGCUCGUCAGCUUCAUCGCCAACCUGACCUACUGGUGGAUGCACAAGGAGAGGAGGAGCAGGUUUACCAGCCGGGCCAGGGUUUAGGAGGCAUGGUUGGAUAAGGAGAAAGGUGUUUGGAGGUGAUUUCGGCAAGUUGGAAAGGAGCGCGGAGUCAUCAAGGGGGCAAUUUUGGCUUUGUGGACCACAUGUUGGAAGAGGGAUCAUGGUGAAUUGUCCUGUCUGGGUGUUCACAUCGUGGUAAGCGCACAACCUUUUGACGGAAUUGGUACGCGAGGGCGUGAUGGAUUAGGGGUAGGGAUGGAUGGUAAUAAUGGUUUCUGGGUAAAACGAUACGAUACCCCUCUUGGUUGGAACGCGACGACCCGAUACCCUGUUGAAUAUUUUUAAUAAUGUAAUUUUUCCAGGUUUUCCAGUCUGGGCAACGGUAAUAAUGAUGUUUCUAUCUGGUGGUUG